AUGGUAUUAGCUAGCAUUUUUGCCAAAACUGAGGUCUAUUCUUCCAAUGCACCAUGUGAUUUCCGGGAAAUCCCUUGGAGCAUUGGAGGAAUGGAUCUCAAAUUUGGUACAAAAAUGCUAGGUUUCUCAGUGCCUGCUUUAUGCCUAAAGAAGACAAGAAGAGAAGGACUGCAUCAUCUAAAUAGAGCUUUGGACUUAUUUUGUGAAGCUUGCAAUGAAGUGUCUUUUAAUGUACCUCAUAAAAUGAAGAUGGGAAUGUUUAUUGGCAGAGUAAAAAUGAAACAUUGUCUUAAUGAUACUGGAAUUAUUGGCAUAAACAAUCCCAAUUUUAUAAUUCUGGAAGAUGGUUCACUGUAUACCAAAAAUGCUAUUUCUUUGACUACAAAUGAAAGUAUCGUUACUGUAUUUUUAAAAAAUAUUUAUACACAUGAGCAAAAGCGGAUAUAUGUUAGCUUGCUAACAUACCCCCAAAAGGACUCUAAAACGAAGAGAAGACGUGUCCGAGCAACUGUUGUGGGACGAACAAAACGAAGAUGGGCUCCAGUCCCAACUAUUAUAAUGGAAAACUCACUAGGCCCUUAUCCUAUGCAAAUUCAACAGCUGUCUUCUGACAUGGCACUAAAGUACAAUAUUAGAUAUUUUAUUACUGGUCCUGGUGUUGACAAACCACCACUGAAUUACUUUUACAUUGAGCAAGAAACUGGAAAUCUCUUUGUUACUUGCCCAAUAGAUCGAGAAGAAUACCCAGAAUUUCAGCUCAUUUGCUAUGCAAUGACACCGGAUGGAUAUACCCCAGAAAUCCCACUUAUUCAUAUCAUCAAAAUAGAGGAUGAUAAUGAUAAUACUCCAGAAUUUGAGUAUAAUAUUUAUACUUUUCAUGUACCUGAAAACAGUAUAAUUGGAACGUUAGUUGGACAAGUGACUGCAUUGGACAAAGAUGAGCCCAAUACACUGCAUAGCAAAGUGAAAUACAGAAUUAUAUCCCAGAGUCAUCAGAAACUUCAGGAAUUUGUUAUAGAUCCAGAUUCAGGCUGUAUUACGGUAGCGUUACAUCUGGACAGAGAGACUAUGUCAGCAUACACAGUAUACAUAGAAGCAAGAGACAUGGGAGGUGAGGAGUUUGGUUUGUACACUACAGCAGCAGUACAUAUUGAGAUUAAAGAUGUAAAUGAUAAUCUUCCUCAAAUAGCACAAAGUAUGUAUAUAGUGGAGAUAUAUGAAAACAUAGAACAUGCAGAAAUAUUAUGUAUUCCUGUUGAAGAUAAAGAUGAACCCAGAACAUCGUCAUGGAUGGGUAUAUUUGCUAUUACUAAAGGAAAUGAAGAUAAUAGUUUUGCUAUUAGAGUUGAUCAACAGCAGAAUAUUGGGUGUUUAAGCACUUUAAAGGAACUGGAUUAUGAGAAAAGCCAUGAGAGAAGAUUAGAAAUUGUCAUAAAUAAUGAAGCACCUUAUUUUCCACCUCCAAAUUCAAGAGCUCUUCAAACAAGUAUGGCGAGCAUUGUGGUCAAAAUUAAGGAUCAGGAUGAAGGACCUGUAUUUGAAUCUUGUGAAUAUAUUCUAUACAUAAAUGAACGCUUGUUGGUUGGCACAGUGGUUGGUAAUUACCAAGCAAUGGAUCCAGAAACUGGAAACAAACAUUUGAGUUACAGAAUAAUAAAGGACCCAUGUGGUUGGAUCACCAUUGAUGAAAUAGGAAACCUCAGAACAACUGACAUUUUAGAAAGAGAUUCAAAAAACAUAGAAUACAGUCAAUGUAAUGUAACAGUAUCUGCAAUUGAUCAAAGUGGUAAAACAGGAAAUGGAACAAUUGUGAUAGCACUUAUGAUUGAGAACAAUUACCCAGUGAGUACCAGUAAACGCUAUGUCAUGUGUAAAGAUAAAAAACCGAUCUGUAUAAACGCCACUGACAUUGAUUUGCCAAUGUCCACUAUACCUUUUCAUUUUGAAAUAGAGAAGCCAAUGGACUUAAAAUGGAAGUUAACUCCAAAUGAUGAUGCAUCAGCAUUGCUUUCUCUAGUUGAAGAUAUAGACUAUGGCUACUAUUCUAUUCUUCUCCGAAUAUGUAAUGGGGAAAGCAUCAGAAAAAGUGAAAUAAUAGUUCAUUAUUGUGACUGCAUAGUUCCAAGUAGCUGCUCCGAAUCCACCACAAACAGGUCACUGGAUUAUUCUCCUUCAGACAUUCAAGUAGAGCGCACUCCAGCUGCAGCACCUGUUUUAGGAGCUUGGAGCAUUCCUGCAAUGGUCAUGGGUUCACUUACAAUGCUAUUAGGCUUUGGUGCACCUUAUGGUGUUUGGCUCUAUAGAAAACGUCACACAUCUCAGGAAGAAUCUGAUUUAACUUUUGAGAAUGUAACAAGAUCAAACACUGAGGCACCAGGUGAAGCAAACACAAGGCCAAACACUGAGGCACCAGGUGAAGGAAACACAAGGCCAAACACUGAGGCACCAGGUGAAAGAAACACAAGACCAAAUACUGAGGCAUCAGGAAAUACAAAUUUAAAUAUAUUUCCCGUGUCAACAAUGAAUAAAUUCAUAAAUAUGAAUACAGAUAUAAUAAAAACUGAAAGGAAAGAUUUGGAAGCAGGAAAAAGAGGAUGGCAUUCCACAUCAGAAUUAAUCAAGGGAGGAAAAGUGAAUCAUUUGGCACUAUCUUUACAAAACUGUGCGCCUUCUUUAAGGAAUUCAUUCAAAGAUUUCUGUUUAGAAUGGCAGAAGUUCACUAACCCUCGCUUAUCUGAAAUGGUAUUUCUUUGUGGAGAAGAUGAAGAACAUAACCUGGCUAAAGAGUAUUUACAUGCAUAUAAGUACGAAGGCAAAGACUCACCAACUGGUACUCUAAGUUCCUGUACAGGAGAGUCAGAAGAAGAAAAACUGAGUUUUUUAAACCAGCCAGAACCUCCAUUCCGGACAUUAGUUGAAGUUUUUGUACAGAAGGAUUGCGUUUAAAUUAUUCCUGAAAAUCAGCACACUUCACUAGGAAAUUCCCCUGUGCAGAUUCCAUUGAAAUGAAUGAAUGGUCUUGAGAAGCCCUAGUUAACUAUAAUGAAAUUGAAAAGAAUUUCUUCCCCACAGUUGUGUCUACCCAUUUAUUCUUUAUGGGAUAUUUUGGAAUUUUUUAAAGAAUUAUUUUAAACAGAG